UCCAUUGCUAUGGGGUCAUGGUUGAGUCAAGAAAGAGGGUAGUGUAUGGCACUGCAUUGCCUUGCUGUACACUCUUAUUCUUUAAUCCAUUUGGCUUUUACUCUCUUUUUGUUCCCUCUUUGCUCAUUCGUUUACUUUGCCAAAUAAAGUAGAAAAAGAAAAUGCAAAAAAAAAACCCCUCACUUUUCUGAAUCUUGAGCCCUUUUAUUUUUUUAUUUAAAAAAACGUUUUUUUAUAUUUUAUUUUGAAUUUGGGUUGUGAAGCAUAUGUCUUUAGUUGUAAACUUGUAGCUGUUACUGAAUCUUCUCUCAAGCUCAGGGGAAAAAAAAAAGAAAGCUUUCAAUCUCAUCAUGCAAAUUCACACUGGAUUUAUGUUCUGCUAUGCUUCAGAUUCUUCAUUGUUCUUGUGACAAGUACUUGUCAGAACCUGAAGCUGCUUCAACUUCCAUAGCUUCUUCUUCUUCCGAGUUCUGCCAUGAAUCACCAUUCUGCUCCUCAGGUUCCAUUAAGGAAACUAUGAAGGAUGGAAGAGGUUACUUUGAAUUCAAUUGUCAACAUUUUAUACCUUUCAGCAAGAAAACUAUCCAUGAAGUUCUAUUUACCUCUACUGCAUCCUUUAUUUUUAAUCAUUGUUAUUCUUUCUCCUCUGGUCUUUGCUGACUUAAGUUCCGAUAAGCAAGCCCUUCUUGAUUUUGCUGCGGCUAUCCCCCACCGUCGCAACCUUCAAUGGAAUUCAUCUACCAAAGUUUGUACAUCUUGGGUAGGUGUCACUUGCAAUUCGAAUGGCACCCGUGUUGUUUCUCUCCGGCUCCCUGGAAUUGGACUAGUUGGCACCAUCCCCGCUGACACGCUCGGCAAGCUUGAUGCUCUUAGAAAUCUCAGCCUUCGUUCAAACCUACUCUUUGGAAGCCUACCUGCCGAUAUUACUUCUCUUCCAUUACUCCAAAACCUCUACCUUCAGCAUAAUAACCUUUCCGGUAAUAUACCUACCUCAUUGCCUCCCCAACUCAAUGUACUUGAUUUGUCUUACAAUUCUUUCUCCGGUGGUAUUCCAAAGACACUACAGAAUUCAACACAGCUAACAAGAUUGAGCCUACAGAACAAUUCCCUAUCCGGAGAGAUACCGAAUCUCAAUGUUGCUAAGCUCAGGCAUUUGAAUUUAAGCUACAACCACUUGAAUGGCUCUAUCCCUCCUGUUCUUAAGAACUUCCCGAAUUCUUCCUUUGAAGGGAACUCUCACUUAUGUGGAUUGCCUCUAAAGCCAUGCUCUGUAGCUCCCCCAAGACCUCCGUCAGCGUCACCUCCAUCGUCACCUCUUGUAAGAAAAAGCUCCAAACAUAAACUGAGUAAGGCAGCUAUAAUCGCAAUCGCUGUUGGUGGAUGCGUGCUUUUGUUGUUGUUAGUUCUUGUCAUUGUUCUUUGCUGUUGUUUGAAGAAAAAAGAUGAUGGAAAUGAAAGGCCUAGUAGUGUAAGUAAAGGGAAGGGUCCUAGCGUUGGAGGGAGGAGCGAGAAGCCAAAGGAAGAGUUUGGAAGUGGGGUACAAGAACCUGAGAAGAACAAACUGGUUUUCUUUGAGGGAAGUUCCUACAACUUUGAUCUCGAGGAUCUGUUGAGGGCUUCGGCUGAAGUUUUGGGGAAGGGUAGUUAUGGUACUGCAUAUAAGGCUGUGUUGGAGGAGUCGACAACUGUCGUGGUUAAACGGUUGAAAGAAGUUGUGGUGAGCAAAAAGGACUUCGAGCAGCAGAUGGAGAUCAUAGGAAGAGUCGGACAGCAUCCGAAUGUGUUGCCACUUCGCGCAUAUUAUUAUUCAAAGGACGAGAAGCUUUUGGUUUAUGACUAUGUCCCAGGUGGCAAUUUAUCAACACUUUUGCACGGUAAUAGAUCAAGUGGAAGAACUCCAUUAGAUUGGGACUCAAGAUUAAAACUCUCACUUGGAAUUGCCAAAGGAAUUGCUCACAUACAUUCUGUUGGUGGUCCGAAAUUCACUCAUGGAAAUGUCAAAGCCUCGAAUGUGCUCAUCAGCCAAGAGAAUGAUGGAAGCAUUUCUGAUUUCGGUCUGACGCCACUCAUGAAUGUUCCCACAGCUCCCACUAGAGCUGCAGGUUACCGUGCGCCGGAAGUCAUUGAAACCAGGAAGCACACUCAUAAAUCGGAUGUGUACAGUUUCGGUGUCCUCCUUCUUGAAAUGCUUACUGGGAAAGCUCCGCCAAUGUCUCCAGGACGCGAUGAUAUGGUUGAUCUCCCAAGGUGGGUCCAAUCGGUCGUUAGGGAGGAGUGGACGGCCGAGGUUUUUGAUGUGGAGCUAAUGAGGUACCAAAAUAUUGAAGAAGAAAUGGUGCAAAUGUUGCAAAUUGGCAUGGCAUGCGUGGCGAAGGUUCCGGAUAUGAGACCUACCAUGGAGGAGGUAGUGAGGAUGAUAGAAGAGAUCCGGCUAUCUGACUCCGAGAACCGGCCGUCUUCCGAAGAGAAUAAAUCCAAGGACUCAAAUGUUCAAACUACUCCAUGAUUAUUAAAUCUGAUUGAUUUACUUUUGCCUUGUUUUCCUUACAAACCAAAUUGAUUUCUAGAACUUUCUUAUCCAGGAAGCAAACAUAAAAUGGUAUAUAAGAGUGGCCUUCAAUAUUUGUCAUGGAUGAAAUUCCUUGAGUUUAUUUGAGUAGCUUUUACUUUCUUGAAUUCUUGUGUAUUAUUAACAUUGUGAUUCAAUUGAUGAUGUUCAUUCAAGAACAAUUUAACCCCCUCUUAAUUGUUGU